CCAAACAUUAACAUUGUACAGAUUGUAUAAUUUAAAUUUAAUUCGGUUAAUUUAUAAAACGUUAAGGUGUCGCCACAUUAGCUUGAGAAAAUAUGCAACAAAAAUACUCUCGCCCAAGUGGCGAAUCGUCCGUAUACCUAAUACCUAUAUACCUAUAUAUAUAUAUAUGUCGCUAUGGCUCCAGUUCCACAUUGCAUCCAAUGGCUCGAGAGCAUAGUCUGCUGUCUGAUGUAUGUUGGACGUUGGAACUGGAAAAUGCAAGGUAAAAAUAGUUAAUGAGACGACGGGAAAGUGGAAAGUGCACCGUGCAGUAAUAACAAGGUGAGGCUCGUCUUAGCAAGUUAUUCAAGGCGUCGGGGUCGUUUCUACGGAGUAUAUACUUAUAGACGACACAACCAUCAUAACCUUAUUCUGCCGUGGAAAAAUCACUUGUUGGCUGUGACAGCUGCUGUCGGAAGCCCAUGUAAACAUGAUAAAAAAUUGAAUUUGUUUACCCACACGGAGCACGAGAGUAACGUUCCUGGAACUUAUCCGCUGGUCGACGUUCUUCGCUGCUUCGCAUAUAGACCUGCGAACGCGCGAGAAAGAGAAAAAGUAUAUAGGUAUCUACGUUCGUUCGACAUUAGAAUUAAAAAACAAAACCUGUGAAGGAUGACAAUGGGCGAUGAGGCUCCAGUUACAUCACUUGUUCUUCCAGUAAUACUCAGCCCUAUUUUGACGAAGUUGGAAAGGCAGAAUGUAGCGGCUGCUCAGGCACUUCGUAAGGCAAUAUCAAAUGCAGAAUUCAAUCAUCCUGGCCUUAGCUAUGACAUGGUGUUGGGUCUUAUUCGCCGAGCAGAUCUCAACUUGGACAUGAAUGAAAGCGUACUUCGUUUGCAAGGAGUUGCAUCUGAUAGUGAAGUUGUUGAGCCUCGUUCUUCACGCUCAGAAAAUGCAUUCCAAGAGCUCAAUCGAAAGUCAACUUCCUUGAAAAGGAUAUUGAGUAGGAUUCCUGAUGAAAUAACUGACCGUAAGACAUUCCUCGAGACAAUUAAAGAAAUUGCCAGCGCCAUUAAAAAGUUAUUAGAUGCUGUGAAUGAGGUUACAGGAUAUAUACCAGGCUCUGCAGGAAAGCAGGCACUGGAUCAACGCAAGAGAGAAUUUGUAAAAUACAGUAAGCGUUUCAGCAACACUCUGAAAGAGUACUUCAAAGAGGGACAGGCUAAUGCAGUAUUUGUAAGCGCUUUGUACUUGAUUCUCCAAACAAAUAUGAUUAUGUUUACAGUAGAGGUGUACGAAUAGAGUAUUAUAAUAAUUAUUGCAAUGUAUUAUUAUUAGAGAUGUGCGAUUUUAUUAACAAAUGACGUUUUUACGUAUAAUAUACGUUUAAUGAAACCAUUAAAAAUGAUUCUUUUCUUUCAUAGUAUGAUUUAUAAAAACGAUUUUGCAUUCCAAAAAAAGAUAAAAAAACGGAACAUGUACAGUCUUUGUUUAAUAAGAAGAAAUAAAAAUAUUUUAUUGAUAA